AUGUCUGAUCAAAAUUGGAAACAGAAUUUAAAUCUUCCAGCUAGAGAUACUAGACCACAAACAGAAGAUGUUUUAAAUACAAAAGGAAAAACAUUUGAAGAAUUCAAUUUAAAACGAGAAUUAUUAAUGGGGAUCUUUGAAGCAGGAUUUGAAAAACCUUCACCCAUUCAAGAAGAAUCAAUCCCCAUGGCAUUAGCAGGUAGAGAUAUAUUAGCAAGAGCUAAGAAUGGUACUGGUAAAACUGCAUCAUUUGUCAUUCCUUGUUUACAACAAAUUAAACCAAAAUUAAAUAAAAUUCAAGCAUUAAUUUUAGUUCCAACUAGAGAGUUGGCAUUACAAACUUCACAAGUUGUUAGAACAUUGGGUAAACAUUUAGGUAUUCAAUGUAUGGUUACCACGGGUGGUACUUCCUUAAGAGAUGAUAUCGUUAGAUUAAAUGAUCCUGUUCAUAUAUUAGUUGGUACUCCUGGUAGAGUUUUAGAUUUGGCAUCUAGAAAAGUGGUUGAUUUAUCUGAAUGUCCAGUGUUUGUAAUGGAUGAAGCUGAUAAAAUGUUAUCAAGAGAAUUUAAAGGUAUAAUUGAACAAAUUUUAGAAUUUUUCCCGGAAAAUAGACAAGCAUUAUUAUUUUCAGCAACUUUCCCAUUGGCAGUUAAAUCAUUUAUGGAUCAGCAUUUAAAUAAACCUUAUGAAAUUAAUUUAAUGGAUGAAUUAACUUUAAGAGGUAUUUCACAAUUUUAUGCUUUUGUUGAAGAAAAACAAAAAUUACAUUGUUUAAACACUUUAUUUAGUAAAUUACAAAUCAAUCAAUCAAUUAUAUUUUGUAAUUCAACAAAUAGAGUUGAAUUAUUAGCUAAAAAAAUUACAGAAUUAGGAUAUUCAUGUUAUUAUUCUCAUGCAAAAAUGCCUCAACAAGCUAGAAAUAAAGUUUUCCAUGAAUUUAGACAAGGAAAAGUUCGUAAUUUAGUUUGUUCCGAUUUAUUAACCAGAGGUAUUGAUAUUCAAGCAGUUAAUGUUGUUAUUAAUUUUGAUUUCCCCAAAACUGCUGAAACUUAUUUACAUAGAAUUGGUCGUUCUGGUAGAUUUGGUCAUUUAGGUUUAGCCAUUAAUUUAAUGAGUUGGAAUGAUCGAUAUUCAUUAUAUAAAAUUGAACAAGAAUUAGGUACUGAAAUUAAACCAAUUCCUGCUGUUAUUGAUAAGAAAUUAUAUGUUGCUGAAAAUGAAGAUGCGGUUCCAAGACCAUUUAGAAUUGAUGAAUUACCAAAAGGUAAUUCUACCGUACAUGGUAAAGGUUAUGAAUAUAAGGGACAACCUGAACAACAUCAACAGCAACAACACCUGCAACAUCAUACUCCACAGCAACAACAGCUGUCUCCUGGAUCUGCGCAAGCGACCCCUUCACAUGCAGGUACUCCCCAACAACAGCAACCGCAACAACCACAAGCUCCUGUACAACAGAUACCAGGACAAUAUGCGCCACAAGCUGUCCCAUCUCCACAAUAUAACGGAUAUCCAUACCAACAACAUGUCCCACAACAAUUUGCAGGAUAUCAACCCCAACAAUAUAACCAGUAUCAACCACAACAACAGCCUCCCCAACAACAACCAGCACAACAAUAUCAAUAG